CUAAAUAUGAAAUUCUUACUCAUCUCUGCUGCUCUCGUGGCUGUGGCCUUCGCCAGCCCAGUCCUCGUCAAGCCAGAACUCACUGGCCCAUCUCCCAUUGUCAACGACGACUCAUACGAAGGCAUCUUCGUUGAUCCCGCUAUCAUCGGACAGGAAUCAAUCAGUGUUGGCCCUGAAUUUGUUGACGAAGCAGUGAACGCCCCUGUCUCCCCCGUUGUUCAAAUCAUCCUGAACAUCAACUCCCAAACUCAUGUUAUCGACGUGCCCGUUAACCCAGUGGAGGAAAUCCCCCCCACCCCAGUGAUCAUCGCCGAAGAAGCUGAAGAAUCUGAUGUUGUUCCCGAGCCCGUCCUCAUCGGCAACCCACAACUCCCCGUCGUCCCCGCCCCCGUACAAAUCGGAAACCCUGAACUCCCCGUCGUUCCCUCCCCCGUCAUCAUCAUGCCCGAUCAACUCAACUAAAUUUGUAAAGUAAGAUUCAGUUGUUUGUGGACGCUGGUGCUGUAAAUAAAUGUCAAAUACGUUUUGUAAUUGUGUAUUUAUUAUAAUUAUUUUAUAAAAAUA